GCGAAACCCGCUUGCGUACUCGGAGUACCAUCUUCCUCUUCCAUUCAAGAACGUGAUUACGCCUCCCUGGUACUUGACAGUGGUCAAUGCAUGAUCUGGUAGUCUGCAUUGGAGUAGUUUAGUUUGUGGUGCGACCUUGAGGAUACUAUACCUGCUUCAGAAAAAUAUCUGUCUCAAGGUGGAUUCGGAACUCGGUUCAUUUGUAGAGAAAACUUUUUUUAAAUAGCGGAAGAUUUUGUGAAGACAUGAGUGUCGUUAGGAGUUUUAGUAUUUUGAAGAUUCUGUUGAUAGUGAAAUGCGCCAUUUGCCAAGAUUAUGAAGUUACCGAAAUUCAAUGCACUUUCGCCAACUCCAAUGCAAACACAUUAGCAAACAGAGAUUCCAUAAUAGCUAAACUACGAAAACCGGAAGGAUUCAAAGGACAUCCCUUAUUCGCCGAUGACAGAGGGGUGAAUCCAGAAUCGGACAUAACCUGCCAAAUAAGGCCUGAUUCCACAGAUCCCGCCGGAUUGAGGUACAAUUUACGAAUCACCGACUUCUCAAGGUGUGGAGUUUUGAAAAGAAAUGGUUUCGUUCAUGUCAGAAUAUGGUUCCCCCAAUUUCCUGGAGUGGUGAUGCAGUCAGAUCAAGAGUUGAUAAUAAUGUGUAAACCUCCUGAGCCAACUGUGAUAGAAAAUAAGGCAGCAGGUUUCGCAGGAAGUUUUCCCCACGGAGCCAGAGUGUCAGGGGUAGUUGAAGAAACACCCGGGAGGCUGGAAUAUGAGGUGGCUCUUUAUAAAGAAGCUCCAGCCGCAAGACUUUCUAAUGUAACACACAUGGGAAACAACGAACUACCAGUCGACCAGGCGGUUCCAAUAGGUACGAAAUUGCAAUUGAGGGCGAGGAUCAAUCCAGAUUCAGCUUGGAAAUAUGUCAAACUGAUGGAAGUCACUGUGAGUCCUGACCCAGAUGAACCGCAUAUGUCUGGAAGUGUUGCAUUGGUUAAAGAUGGAUGCAGGAACAGAGAUUUCGCAUCAAUAAUCCCUCACCAACCUGCGAGAUACAGAGACCAUCAUAACGAAGUAUUCCUAGAUUUCGAGGCCUUUCUUCUGAGCUCCAUGAAAGAAAGAUCGACACUGUGGAUCCACUCUCAGAUAAAAGCGUGCAUGGAAGCUGUGGAUUGUCAACCAGACUUCUGCUUAGAUCUCUACGAACCAUCCGGCCAUGGGAGAAGAAAGAAGAGAGCAGUGGACAACACGAAAGACACAACUACUAGCUUCAUGGAGCAUUUGGUUCACAAUGGAACGCAGUUUACUAAAAUCAAGGAAAAUUUGGAAUAUACUGUUCUAAUGCCUGGCGAAUUUUUCCAUAAAUCGGCAGUUGUAGAAACUUCUUGCAGUACGUUCUUAGUAAUAGCUGCCAUUUUAGGCUGUCUUUUAUUUCUAUCUGCAUUUAUCAUGUGCUGGUUAGCGACAAGAUUGCACUCUGCUCUCAUUGGUGCAGUUAACACAGGUAAAAGUAUAGAUCAAUUAGUAAGAGAAUCUAGAAAUUACUCGGAAAGUUGUUACACAGGGAGACCAAUAACUCAAUGAAAAUAUUGGUAUAGAUUUUUAUAUGAAACUGAAGUUUACUGGCUUAUUUCUAUCAUUUUCCUGGGAAUUUGUUUACAAGUUGUUCUACCUUAAACGCUUGAUUUUUCUGUAAAAAAGGUGAUGUUCUUCGUAAUGAUUUUGUGAAAUAAGUGAUGUCAGAAUUACUUCCCACUAAUAUUUUUUUUCAUUACUCAUAAUUUUUUCUAUAAUAUAGCCUUCCCAUGCGUGUCCAUGACUGUGCCUAGUCAGUUAUUGUCUCGAUAACGACUUCGUUCAACACGGAAAAGCUCUCAAAAAUUUUAUGAGAAGAAUUCAAAUAUUACGAUCCAUAUUCACAAAUAUUCAGAAGAAAAUAUUCGCCUGCUUUGCAAAAAGUCGAUAAUAGUCAGAUGUAAUUCAGUUUUAUUCAAUUUACCAGAAUCUUUCAGUAAAUAUAACAUAAAUAAUCAAUUCAGGGCAACAUUUCAAAUACUGACCUGAAUCUUGGUGAUUUUUGAUGUUUUCCUUAGUCAUACAUUUUCUUAAUGAUAUUAUGAAGACUUCAUGCCAAACUUCUUUCUAUUCCGUUGUUGAAUCCAAAUAAUUUAUUUUUGUUAGGUAUUUAUUUAUUAGAAGUAUUUAUUCGUUAGUGAGAAGAUCUAUUUAUUUUGUAAAUAUUUAUUAAUAUAUAUGAUUAAAAUAGAAGAAAAUCAGUAGAUGAAAUAAAAAUCUGCUGCAUUUCUUCUGCAAUUAAGGAUGUUUUCAAUGUUGGGAGGUUCGGAAUAAACUAAGGGACAAACAGUUGUUACAUAUCAUAGGUGAAGCUUGAAAAUUUUCUGUUUUAAGAAAACAUAAUAUGUAAUAAAAUGUCUUUCAACUU